AUGCUCAAAUUCGGGGCCAAAAAGACCACAGAGACCAAGAUCGAUGAUGAUGUUAACAACAACAACAGAUCAAAGAAAAGUGUAAAAACAAAACACCGAAAUCAAUUUACUCAGGAAGAUGUACAAGAACUUUACAAAAUAUUUAUGUGGACUCCUUAUCCUGAUUUUACAGUAAGACUGGCCAUAAAACUCCAUUGUCCAGUGCAUGUAAUUAAUAACUGGUUUCAGAAUAACAGAGCCUGACUUCCACCUGAAGACAGGCAAAGAAUAUUUGCUAUGUGGAAACAACAAAAUCACCAAAUCCAAACUCAUCCACUUUUAAGCAACCAGGCUAUGGCUCCCAGCUAUACCACCGAGCACAGUUUCUUUUAUGCCCAGACAGCUCAGAUAGGCAUCACUAUUGGCUCAACUUUGGAUAAACAAGAGGAGACACAAGAGAGUCCCCAUUAAGUAGGCUCCAGUUGCUGUUCCCUUUUGGAACAAGGACUUCUCGGUCAACAACUAUGUUCCAGAUGCUCCUCCAUGGUGGCAGGCACUGGAAAGCAACCAGGCUGUACUUUGGAGUAUGGAGAUGACACAGAAAGUGGCAGUUGCCUACAUCCUUAUGUAUCUUCUGUGCAUGCUUUUGACAGGGAUAGGACUGAGACCAAGGAAAGCCAGCAUCUGCAGCCAGAUGGUUUGCAGCUCACCAUUACCAUCUCUGGGGCGAGGUAUUGUGGUGAGCCGUGUUUGUAG